GAGAGAGAGUCAGAGAGAGUGAAGGAAAGAGAGGGAGGCUACAGGAGGACCUUAGCACUAUUGGAGGUUUGCUGGAGCAGUAAUGCGGAGCGUCAUGGGGUUGUGGCAAUGGUACUUUCUCUGCUUCUCUCUUCUGGGCAGCUUCCUACUGGUCCAAAGCAAAAAUGGAGUGUUCAGAACGCCAUCUCACGCCAACACAGUCUUCCUACGGCCCAAGCGUGCCAACAACUUUUUCAUAGAGGAGAUGCUGCAGGGAAACCUUGAGAGGGAGUGUCUGGAGGAACGCUGUAACUAUGAGGAGGCCCGCGAAUUCUUUGAGGACACACCCAAAACUGAGGCUUUCUGGAAUGUUUACGUCGACGGGGACCAGUGCAAACCCAACCCCUGUCUGAAUGACGGCCGUUGCAUCGAUAAAAUUGGAGGUUACACCUGUAACUGUACUGACCUGUUCCUUGGACUCAACUGUGAGACUGACAUGUCUCAGUGUCCCACCCAAGGGGCCUCUGCCUGUCAGCACUUCUGUACAGUUAAAUGGGGAACGUACCACUGCUCCUGUGUGACGGGUUACAGGCUUCACAGCGAUAAAAGAAGCUGCGUACCUGAGGACACACACCCCUGUGGAACCGUCUCCUUGAAAAAGGCUGAGUGGAACAAGCAACCAGAAGCAAGCAAUCGCACCUGUCCAGAUGGCCACUGUCCAUGGCAAGUCUCACUGCGGACCCGGACAGGUGAAGAGCAGUGUGGUGGGGUGAUCCUUGAACCUCACUCAGUCCUUACCUCAGCACAGUGCCUCAAAAUGGGCAAGAAACUCUACGUUGUGGCAGGUGACAAUGCCACUGGUAUAAGGGUCAGCAUCCAAAAGAUCUAUAUUCACAGCCGCUACAAGGACGGACUUCCUGGGGAUGACCUUGGCCUUCUGAGACUUAGCUUACCCAUUCCCUUUGGCCCUACUCACUCCAAAGUGUGCCUACCCACCAAGGACUUCAGUGAAAAUAUCCUAAUGAGUGAUGGGAAAGUGGGGGUAACUGGGGUGCCAGACAAGGAUCCUCUCGCUCCCCCACGCCUCACCUACCUCAGCCUUGACGACUGUAGCUCCAAGCUGAACCUCUCCCACUCACUGAGCAACAAGAUGUUCUGCAUGAAAAGUCUGGAGAACCAAAAUGGCCACCAUGGUUUCAGAAGCCUUAAGAGCCACGAUGGCCAAGACAGAUUGAAUAGAACAGGACAGGAAGUGAAAGAUGCUACACCUAAAGCCUGUAAGCUCCUGCCUGGAGCCCCAGUUGCAACUCUAGAGGGGGCUACCGUUUUCCUGACUGGCAUGCUUCUCUCACCCAUGUCACAUGACUGUGAACAAGGUGUAGUGUUCACCAAGUUGUCUCGUUACCUGCCAUGGAUUGAACAACAUCUAAAGCUUUCCGAAGCAGAGAUGACAACACAAGUCAGUGUUUAUCCCCAACCUUGAAGGAGAAGUAACCCUCAUUGAUGAGCAGAGCUACCAACACUGACUACUUUCAAUAGACUCUACAUAAUACCAGAACUAGGAACAUUUAACCUUUUUUGUGCAGCAGGGUGAUACAUUAAAACCAAAAUAAUGUAUUUAAUAUAUGCUACACUUCAGUUGAACUGACAAUCUCUAAGCUUCUGGCAGUGUGAAAUGACCAAAAUAAAAUUGUACUGUGAA